GGGUAGAGGUCAGCAGUUCUAGGACCUGCAAUGAUGUCACAGCCAUGUGAUCAGUGGAGGAAGAGGCGGGGCUUAGCAGAGGAGAGAACAUACGGGACUGAUUCAAUGAGAUUUUGAUAUCGUCCCAGGUCCAGGAUGAGCAUUAUAACCCCCAGCGAUGAUGAUGAGACCCGGCAGUUCUACCAGCAGCUCCGUCAGUGUGAAGAUCACUUCCUGAGGAUGACGUAUGAAUAUUUCCAGGAUGAUCUGCUCCACAUUGUGGAGAACAUGAGUCUUCUACCACUUCUCCGUGAGCUACAGUCCCGAAAUCUCCCGGAUACUGAGAAAUACCAGAGUCUAGAACAUGAUAGAAGAAGAUUGGCGCGGACUUUGGUACAGGAUAUAUAUAACCUAGGAAGAGAAGCUGUGAUAGGACUGUGGGUCAGUCUGUAUGUAUUACGGAAGGAUCAUGGUUCCCCCGGCCUGGACGCUGUACUGGAGGAACUCCGUCAUAGAGGUGACACUCUGGUGGAGCAAAUCCUGCUGGAUGAACAUGGACACCAACUGUCCCCACAACUCAAAGAAUUACAGAUCCGGCACAAGAAACAUUUGCAAGAAAAAACUGAGAAACUUCUAGAGAACAAACCUCCAAGAUGUGACCAGCGAGAGCAGAGUUUUCCAUUCUCUACACGUUAUGUCAACCUCAUCAUUGUCUCCACUGAGCACUUCAGAAAACGCUUUGAGAAUGAGCUCAUAGAGACCGGGGUAAAAAAUGAGGAAUACUUAAAGAGAAAACAAAAUGAAUUACUACGCAUUUCCCCCAACAAACUGUUCCGAUGGUGCCACCGAUCCGAACAAGUACCACGUAUGGUAAUGGUGAGCGGAGUGGCCGGUGUAGGGAAGACCACACUGAUGCAGAAGGUUGUCUAUGACUGGGUGAAGGGGGAUUUCUAUCAAAGAUUCUCCUUUGUCUUUUUCUUCAAAUUCCGCGAACUCAACAGACUGGAUAAGGUUAGUCUGGAGGCUCUAAUCCUUCAUCAGUACCCAUAUCUGGAGGAGCAGCUUAGUAACAUCUUACAGGAACCAGAAAAACUUCUCUUUAUAUUUGAUGGUUUAGAUGAAAGUCUUCAGAGCAUGCAUUUCUCAUCACAUCACUUGUGCUCUAAUCCUAAACAGCCCAAACCUUGUGGUCAGAUUGUAGUUAGUUUGGUGAGAAAGUCUCUUCUUGAUGGUUGUUCUGUCCUAAUGACCUGUCGCCCAACCAGACUGGCAUCAAUUGAUUAUACAGUUUUCCAGAGAAUAGUAGAAAUCAUUGGGUUUUUACCACAAGAACGACAGAUGUACUUUGAGAAUUUCUUCCCCGAACCUGAACUGGCGGAAAAGGCUUUUAAUUAUGUGAAGCAGAAUUACACCCUGUACACCUUCUGUUACCUCCCGUCCUACUGCUGGAUCAUCUGUACAGUAUUAUCCAAGAGCUUCCAGCCAACAAGUAGUGAUCAGCCGGUGUCAUUAUUACCCAAAACCGUCACCCAGCUCUUUGCGAUAUUUGUCGCCAAUAUCCUGUCCAAUCACUGCCUGGACAAAAGUGGCGCUCAGAAGAUCCUGCAGUCCAUGGGAUGGAUGGCAGAACAUGGAGUCAUGAAUCACAGGCUUAUCUUUGAUGAACGAGAUCUUCAUUGUUUCCAUGUGGACAAUAAGUCAAAGCUAUUAUCAAGUUUUCUGAUGGAAUCGGAAGAACCUGUGUCCUAUUCCUUCUUACAUCUCACUGUUCAGGAAUUCUUCUCUGCCUUGGUGCAUUAUGUGGAUUAUUCUCCUGAGAAGUUACAGAAAUCACUAAAAGAGGCCAAAACCUAUCCUGAUGGACGAGCUGAGAUGUUCCUCCGUUUCCUGUGUGGUCUAUCAGACAGCUCCACCAGGUCAAUGCUAACUGGAUACCUGGACAAACAAGCAGUUCAGGCCUCCAGAGAUGUAAUUACUUGGCUAAAGAACUUCAUUCUAGUAGAAAAGAGGCCCAAGAAGCGACGUCUUCUCAAUAAAUUUUUCUAUCUGUAUGAAUCCCAGAAUAAGUCUCUGGUGCUGGAAUCAUUACAAUCACACACAAGUCUUGACUUUUCCUAUUUUACUAUGUCAGUUCUAGACUGCACAGUGUUGGCAUUUAUUCUGGACACCUGCACAAAUAUAGAAGAACUACAUCUACAGUUCUCUUCCUUAGACACCGAAGGAUUAGAAAGACUUGCUCCAGGAUUACAUAACCUGCAGGAACUGAGUUUGGGUUAUAAUAAUCUACCAGACACUUCCUGCAUCCAGUUGGCAUCUGUAAUAAGGAAUAACCGGUCCCUGGAGAUACUCGACCUAUCUGGUAACCGACUGUGUGGUCCUCACUUAAGUGACUUGAUGGAGGCUCUGUCCAGUCCGGCCUGCAGGAUAGAGGAAUUACAAUUGGCUGAUAAUUCUCUACCAGACACUUCCUGCAUCCAGUUGGCAUCUGGAAUAAGGAAUAACCCGUCCCUGAAGAUACUUGACCUGUCACAGAACCGUCUGUCUGGUCCUCACUUCAGUGACUUGAUGGAGGCUCUGUCCAGUCCGGCCUGCAGGAUAGAGGAUUUAUAUUUGGCUGAUAAUGAACUACCAGACACUUCCUGCAUCCAUUUGGCAUCUGUAAUAAGGAAUAACCCGUCCCUGAAGAUACUUGACCUGUCUAAAAACCGUCUGUCUGGUCCUCACUUCAGUGACUUGAUGGAGGCUCUGUCCAGUCCGGCCUGCAGGAUAGAGACAUUACAUUUGGCUAAUAAUGAUCUACCAGACACUUCCUGCAUCCAGUUGGCAUCUGUAAUAAGGAAUAACCCGUCCCUGAAGAUACUUGACCUGUCUGGUAACCGUCUGUCUGGUCCUCACUUCAGUCACUUGAUGGAGGCUCUGUCCAGUCCGGCCUGCAGGAUAGAGGAAUUACAAUUGGGUAAUAAUGAUCUACCAGACACUUCCUGCAUCCAGUUGGCAUCUGUAAUAAGGAAUAACCAGUCCCUGAAGAUACUUGUCCUGUCUCGUAACCGUCUGUCUGGUCCUCACUUCAGUGACUUGAUGGAGGCUCUGUCCAGUCCGGCCGUCAGGAUAGAGACAUUACGAUUGGGUGGGAAUGGUCUACCAGACACUUCCUGCAUCCAGUUGGCAUCUGGAAUAAGGAAUAACCAGUUCCUGAAGAGACUUGAAUUGUCUGGUAACCCUCUGUCUGGUCCUCACUUCAGUGACUUGAUGGAGGCUCUGUCCAGUCCGGCCUGCAGGAUAGAGACAUUACUCUUGUAUGGUAAUGGUCUACCAGACACUUCCUGCAUCCAGUUGGCAUCUGGAAUAAGGAAUAACCGGUCCCUGAAGAGACUUGACCUGUCUAGUAACGGUCUGUCUGGUCCUCACUUCAGUGACUUGAUGGAGGCUCUGUCCAGUCCGGCCUGCAGGAUAGAGGGAUUACGUCUGGAGCGCAAUGGAUUAUCUGAAGAGGAGAAGGAAGCCAUAAGAAAACUGAAAAAGCAGAAACCAAGUAUGGAGAUCAUUUACUGAACAGAUUCCUCUCUGUGAUGAGCAGAUAACAGGACUUUGGUGAUGAAGACUUCUUCAGAGGUCUGGUAUUAGGAGCUUUUCCUGGUGCAUUAUGGGUAAUAUCACUGAUCUACAGAAGAUAAGGAAAUGUCUAAUAUUAUAAUAAAGAUGAUACCAGACAUGUUCUUCUCCAGCUAAUUAUAGGUCCAGUAACUAAAUCUCUUCAUAAUGAGCCCAAAUCCAGGCCUAUGGGAUGUAGCAGCGUCUUCUGAAGGUCAUGUACGUUGUCAGCAGUAUAAUACUGGUUGUCACACCGGAGGAGGCCGCACAUUGCACACAGUGUAAAUAACAAAUCGCACAAACUGUUAUUUCAGUUUCUAUUUUAUCUUUUACUUGAUGCGACUCACGGACAUACCAGUGUUC